AUGAGAGGGUUAAAUGGCGGAGGAGUUGGCAUUUGGCGGGAAUGGAGUAUAUUGGCCAGGAAAUCAUGGGCACGUCUCUCCUCUACCAAAUUGUUCGUCGGGGGGCUUUCCUAUGAUACAAAUGAACCUGUUCUUAAGGAUGCUUUUGGAAAGCAUGGUGAAAUAAUUGAAGUUAAAGUUAUAUGUGAUCAUGUGAGUGGGAAAUCAAAAGGUUAUGGAUUUGUGAAGUUCACAUCUGAAACCGAAGCCAGCACUGCUCUAAAAGAAAUGGAUGGUCAGGUACUGGAUGGCAGACAAAUCCGCUUGGAAUUUGCACACAAGGGGUAAUGACAUUGUCAGCAUAGUUAAAUUGUAAAUGAAAGCUUUGCUGCUACUUUUGUUUUCCCUAUAAGAUACAAGAGAAUACUCACAUUAGUAUUGAACUCUAGGUGCUUGGUCACUCUCCUCUAUGUUUGGUCAAUAUUCUAUGGAGUUUCAGUGAAGUCCUAU